CUCUAAUGAGCAAUUGCUCCUAAAAAGGAGCUUUUAAUUUUGUUAGUUUGUCAAACAACUUGUUGAGUUUAUUAGCUGUUAAUUUAAUUUGGACCUCUACUCAUUUUCAUUAUAUUGUGAUUUAGUGGACUAUAUCGCCAUUAUGCCGAGCACAAGUGAAUCUCGAACCUAUUCAAGGGAAGUUAAACCAAUCACUCAAGUUACAUAUUUUUAUGAGGAAAGCCGUGAGACUGUUGUUAAACCACAAACAGCUACUUCAUCUCCACAACAUGUUGUUAUGGACUCAAAUGCCAAAACAAACGGUGCCAACAAUAACAAUGUAGCUUCCAAUGCAAUUGGAGAAUUGGAUGCUUUAAUGGCCUCUUUAGCCGAUUUCAAGACAACAUCACCAAAACAUACAGUUACUAAGCCUGCCAAACCUCAAGGAGCUUCCAAUGCAAUAGGAGAGUUAGAUGACUUGAUGGCAUCUUUAUCAGAUUUCAAGGUUAAAGAAAAGCCAUCACCUAAUCAUGAAUAUGGUAAACUGCAGCCCAAAACAACAGUAGUUAAAUCUAAGCAAACACAAGUCCAGAGUAAAGCACAAACUUUGGACUCUAUGAUAGGAGAUCUCCAAGUUGAUAUGAGUAAACAUGGUGUUGAUACUACAGCCAAGGGUCAUUGUGCUGCCUGUCAUAAGCCCAUAGUUGGAUUGGUUGUUACUGCUUUAGGAAGAACCUGGCAUCCCGAGCAUUUUACAUGUGUUAAUUGUGGUAUUGAACUAGGGCAAAGAAACUUCUUUGAACGAGAAAAUGAGCCUUACUGUGAAGCUGAUUACCACAAUCUGUUUUCGCCCCGAUGCGCCUACUGUAAUUCAUCGAUUAUUGACAAAUGUGUCACAGCAUUAGACAAAACAUGGCAUCCAGAGCACUUCUUCUGUGCUCAGUGUGGUAAACAAUUUGGCGAAGAAGGUUAUCAUGAAAAGGAUGGCAAACCAUAUUGUAGUGAAGAUUAUUUCGAUCUGUUUGCUCCCAAAUGUGCCGGGUGUAACAGUGCAAUAACAGACAAUUAUAUAUCAGCGUUAAAUUCACAAUGGCAUCCAGAUUGUUUUGUUUGUAGAGAUUGUCGAUGUCCAUUCAUUGGUGGUAGUUUCUUCGACCAUGAAGGUCAACCUUAUUGCGAGACACAUUAUCAUGCCAAAAGAGGAUCACUUUGUGCUGGAUGUCACAAACCAAUCAACGGAAGAUGUAUAACUGCUAUGUUCAGGAAAUUUCACCCUGAACACUUUGUUUGCUCAUUCUGUUUGAAACAACUCAACAAGGGAACCUUCAAAGAACAAAACGAUAAACCAUAUUGCCAUCCGUGUUUCGAGAAGUUAUUUGGUUGAACCUGGAUUUACUUUUAUUCUUUUAACGAAUUACCUGCAUCAUUUUUGCAUUCUUUUCGUUCCUUCUUUUCUUCCCACGAUUCAAACAGUCACAAACACACACACACACAAAUUAUCAAACUCAAUACUCAACUGCAAAUUAAACAGAACCUUGUAAAUGACAAAAAUUACGCAUAACACAACAACCUUUUUAAAGAUGUCAUUUAACCAGGAAAAACACUAAGAAAUCAAAAGCUGAUAUGAUAUUGUGGCUCUCACUAUUUCCCUUCACCCACUUUCAUUAUUCAUUCAUAAGUUCGACUAACCUCCAGGAAAGUACAUGAUAUUUUUACCACGCUAAAAAUAUCAAUAAUCGUUUUAAUUGGUAACAUUGAAAGAAGCAGCCAAAAAUACUUAAUCAAAUGAUGUUAAGAAUUCGACACAACAAAAGAUGUUCAAAACAUGGAUCCAAACCAAGACUGCAGUUGUAUGACAUGUUCAAUGAAUCAACAAAUGGCAAACCUAAUUAUUAGCCUUGACUGUGAGGCCUUACAAAACCAAUUGUAACAAAUUCAAUUUAAAAAAAUAAUAAUAUUCUUUAUUCCAUA